GCAAACAAGACUGUUGAUGAGCCUCUCGGACAUUAUGCAGAGGGCUUGGCUUGCGAGCCGAAGGUACCCGAGCUCCAGAGCCUCCAGAGGCCCGAGGAAGUGCCCGAUCCACGAACGCCUCAGGUCGCGCAAGAGGCUGACCCUCCAUUGCCGGGAGUUCCUGAGGUCUCGGAGAUUUCUGGGCUGCCGGAGUUGGACUUGGAGAGUGGGGACCAUCAUCUCUCCAUCCUGGAGCAAUUGGGCCGAGGUGUGAGUGGCUGCAGAGUCCAUCGCUGCCAGUCGACAUUGACUCCAGACCGGGUGCUUGCGGGCAAGGUGCUGCCAUUGGGAAAGGCGACAUUUCCUGAUAUGGUGGAGGACUUUGGCAAAGAAGUGGCGAUGAUGCGGUCCCUGCCAUCGCAUGCAGCUAUUGUGGGCUUCCACGGCGCUUGCAGCACCAAGCGAUACGAAGAAAGCGGGCAACGGUUCAAGGCCUAUGUGAUGCUCCUGGAGCUGUGCGACAUGACGUUAGAGUCGCUCAUACGGAGACGAAGCGAGCAGCAGCAGCCCUUCGAUGAAGCAGAGCUCCUCCAUGUGCUCAAACAGGUUGCUGCAGGGCUGUUGCACCUCCACCGGCACCGGGUGUUGCACCGGGAUCUGAAGUCGGCCAACAUUUGGCUGUGCAGCGCAGGAAGCAUGGGGUCCGAGGUCACUUCCUUGGCCGUGAAGAUCGGCGACUUUGAUGCUGCAAAGGUUGGCAGCCGAGCGCAGACUCCAGUGCAGACGCCGCACUUUAUGGCACCUGAAGUGGCGGCACAGCCAGGUGAGGCUUACGGCCCUGCAGCCGAUGUUUGGGCUUUCGGCUGCGUAGUCUUCGAGAUGCUGGAGCUUGGCUUGCCAUAUGGAGAGGACCUGACUUUGCCGCAGCUGGAAGCUGCAUUAGUUGCCGGUGCCGGGCCUCCAUUGUCUGACCGGACGGCGGCAGAGUCUCGAGCGAAGGGUGUGGUGGAGCUCAUGCACAAGUGCCUCAGCAAGGAGGCAGCCGCGAGACCGACAAUCGAAGAGGUCCUCAAUUGCCUGGAAGCGCUUUGCCGGGCAAAUGGCCAAGCCUUCUGA